GGAGCCGCGGGACUCCUUGCGGAGCGGGGGGGGCGGGGGGGAGGUUUGCUUCGGAAGAGCCCUCCCCCUCUCGCCCCGCGACUCCUCACUCCUCCCGACGCCUCCGGACGGUCCAGCCGCUGGUGUCGCCGUGUCAGGCCAGGGGAGGAGGUGGCGGUAAGGUCGCAGUCCCGCCGGCGCCGCCCCCGCCCGCUCCGAGUGCUUCCAGCCCCACGCGUCACCCGCGGCCUGCGCUCCCGCAGCUCCGGCGCCGCAGCGGGGAGCGGGCGCCCAGGGCGAGGGGCCGGGCGGAGGCGGAGGCGCGGACGCGGGCGCGGGCGGCUCCCAUGAGACACGCGCGUGGCGGCGCGGUCCCCAGGCCCAGGUGAGCCGGCGCCAUGGGGCAGGCGAGCUGCAAGGGGCUCUACCAGUCGCUGUUCGACUACAAGACCGAGAAGUAUGUCAUCGCCAAGAACAAGAAGGUGGGCCUGCUCUACCGGCUGCUGCAGGUCUCCAUCCUGACCUACCUGGUGGUUUGGGUGUUCCUAGUGAAGAAGAGUUACCAAGACACCGACACCUCCCUGCAGAGCAGCAUCAUCACCAAAGUCAAGGGCGUGAUCUUCACCAACACCUCGGAGCUGGGGGAGCGGCUCUGGGAUGUUGCUGACUACGUCAUCCCGCCCCAGGGGGAGAACGUCUUCUUCGUCAUCACCAACCUGGUUGUGACCCCCAACCAGCGCCAGGAAACCUGUGCUGAGAAUGAAAGCAUUCCUGACGCUGUGUGCUCCGAGGACAGUGACUGUCCUCCUGGGGAGCCUGUCGUGACUGGAAAUGGCGUGAGGACUGGCCGCUGCCUGCGGGCAGAGAACAUGCAAAGGGGCACCUGCGAGAUCUUCGCCUGGUGCCCAGUGGAAACAAGGUCCAGGCCAGAGAAGCCCCUCCUGGGCAAGGCUGAAGACUUCACCAUUUACAUAAAGAACUUCAUUCGUUUCCCUAAAUUCAACUUCUCCAAGACCAAUGUGCUGGACACCAAAGACAGAGCUUACCUGAGGUCCUGUCGGUUUGGCCCCAAGGACCCCUAUUGCCCCAUCUUCCGACUGGGGUCUGUGGUCAGCUGGACGGGGAGCGACUUCCAGGAGAUAGCCCUGCAGGGCGGUGUGAUAGGGAUCCAGAUCGAGUGGGACUGUGAUCUUGACAAAGCUCCUUCUGAAUGCAACCCUCGCUAUUACUUUAGCCGCCUGGACCGCAGGUUUCCUGGAAACUCUGUCUCCUCCGGGUAUAACUUCAGGUUUGCCAAAUAUUACCGCGAUGAAGCCGGGGUGGAGUUCCGCACCCUGAUCAAAGCCUACGGGAUCCGCUUUGAUGUCCUGGUGAAUGGCAGGGCAGGGAAGUUCAACAUCAUCCCCACAAUCAUCAACGUGGGCUCAGGGGUGGCACUCAUGGGUGUUGGGUCUUUCUUCUGCGACCUGAUACUCAUCUACUUCAUCAAAAAGAGCCACUUUUACCGCAACAAGAAAUUCGAGGAAGUACGGGUUCCCAACUACCUUCUGUGUGCCCCUCACCACCCACACGCAGGUCUGGCCACCCAGGGAAUGGAAAGGUGACCGUGGAGCAGCUGCAGAACCUGCAGACAGUGGAAGCGUAGCCAGAGGCGGCUGAGAGCAGAUUUAGUGAAGACGUCGGGCGGAACUGGCUGAAGCUCUGAACGGGAAGAGCGAGGAGCCUCUGUGUCUGCAUGGAUUGGGGCUUCCAGGAGCCACCAUCCCUCCUGCACUUUGGGAUCUUACUACAAACUUUUUGUUGUGUGUGGGGGAGGGGCAGGCCAGGGUGUAAAUGAUACUAGGUGUUUUCAUGUUUUCUGAGAACCUAGAUGGACAUUCAUUCACUCAUUUAUUCAUACAUGCAGUAAACUUUUUUUGCUGUGGGCUGGGCCCUAUCUAAGAGAUGCUUAAAUGAGACCCUGACCUGGCCCUCAGGGAGCAGAGCAACUGUGUAAUUCCCUCUAGAGACAACAGACUCACAGCCAGGCUCAGCCAUUCUGGCCUUCCUCCAGCCUCUAGCUGACUUUCACAGAGGGGAUGCAGGGAGGCCUCACUCCAGUCUGACCUGCCCAGCCUGGGAGGCUCUGGGCAUAGCAUCUCAUGGGAGACACUGUGGUUUGGCUCUUGCUGUUCUGUGGGUUGGGUGUCCUUGCUCAGCUCCCCUUCCUCUCUCCUCAAAGGCUGGCUGGGUCUGAAGGGGUAAGGACAGGGUGCUCGCUCAGCAGGUGGGAGCAGUUGGUAGGGAGGCCCUCACCCCUCACCCUCCUUCCCCACCCCACCCUGCUGCUCCCUCCCUUACUGUCUGUAGAGCUUCUCUCCUCAAGGUGUAGUCCCUGGACCAGCAGCCUUGGCAUCACCGGGGAGCUUGUUAGCCCUUCCCUUCCUCCUAAAUCAGGGCCUGUGUUGCAAUGGGGCUCCCAGGGGAUUCGCGUGCUCCUUACACUCAGAAGCCCUGCAAGGGUGGGGAGCUCUGCAAAGCCUGGUUCUGAGGGAGGAAAGAGCCAGCUUCGGUGGGUGGCACCAAUUUCCAGGCCAAACUUACUAGUACACACAUUCUCCCUUGAAACUACAGGACCCCCCUUCCUGCCCAGGGAAAGGAACAUUACACUCAAUUCAUUUAAAUCAAAAUAUUUUAACUAGGCAACACUUGCUUCCCUCCCACCUGUUCUUGAGGCCACCUGUGUUACCAAUUCCAAGAGGCUCCCUCGUUUUCAAACUGAGAAUCCACUUGUUACUCAGGACGUGAACUUUUCCUCAUGCCUGCAGCAUCAGACCACGUCUCCUGUCAGAAAGGGACACGAUGGAAUGGGCUGGGAGCCAGAGAGCUUGCUUCUCCCUCCCCGUGUCUGGGAGCCCCUGUGUAAACCCAGGGGGAGAGGCCUAGAACUCUGCUUCAACUAUGGCCGCAAAGGCCUGCAGUGCCCGUUGAACAGCUGCCAGGACACUGGGGAGCUCCUCUCUGGAAGUGCUCCCUCGGGUCUUUGGAGAGGGUCAGAAGGGGCUGGAAGGUUUCUGGUGAGGCUCCACCACCAGGGCAGAAGGUUGUGGUCCCUGCAACAGGAACCCUUUUGGAGCAAGCAGCUCCCUCCCCGUGGGCUGCCUGGUAACCAGUCCACAGCCCACCUGCUCUCUGAAUAGAAAGUGAAAAAUCGCCCUGACCGGUUUGGCUCAGUAGAGAGAGCAUCGGCCUGCAGACUAAAGGGUCCCAGGUUGGAUUCCAGUCAAGGGCAUGUACCUUGGUUGCAGGCACAUCCCCUAGUAGGGGGUGUGCAGGAGGCAGCUGAUCGAUGUUUCUAACUAUCCCUCGCCCUUCCUCUCUAAAAAAAAAAAAAAAAAAUUUUUUUUUUUUUUAAAAGUGAAAAAUUGGGCGAUCCAUUAUGAUGUUUCACUUCAUCACUAAAGCCAACUCUUGGACUGGGUAAUCUAGCCUCUUUUAUGUUUAGCAGGAAGUAACAAGGGCAGGGGCAUGGCUGCUCAGGGUUGAUCUGGUUUCUCUUAACCUAUUUUUGGAAUUGCUUGGCAGGAGCCAUAAAACAUAGCAACAGUUGUACUGUUUAUUUUAUAUUGGAAUGAAAAUGUCCUCCUACACUAUUCCGUCAGUAAAUAUUUAUUGAAUACC